GAGAACGUCAACAAAAAUUUUUAGGUUAGGCGUCGCGUUGAUUCGGUUUAUUUUUGUUUUCCUCGCAUAUUAUGUAGUGUUAGUGUGUUAAAAUGAGUUCACCGGGUAGGGAAAUUGAGGAGCCAUCGUCUAGUAACGAUGUGGUGGACAGUACAGUGCGGGACGAGGGUGUAAAAAGCGCGGCGUCCGAAGGCGUUCGCCCGCCCGCCAAGCGGCGUCUCUCCAGCACGGUCAUCGAGAUUUCCGACACGGAAAGCGAUGAUUCAGAUGUGUGUGCUGUGAACUCAUACCAGGCGACCGCAGACGAGGUCAAAAGGAUCCGAGGUGCUGAUUACUCCUCAUCCUCGUCAUCAUCGGACUACAGUUCGGACUCGGAGUCGAUGUGGGAGGAUGACUCAGUCCUCCUGGAAGAUGAGAAGCCGAAUAGACAAGCAGUUAGGGCACAGUUGAACCCUCGCGCAAACAGAAUGGACGACCCAAAACUAAAUAGUAAAAUUAAGACACCAGAAAUAAUAGAAAGGAUAUCAACACACUGGAAUGAGCUGAAAGAUCACAGUGGUGAUGAGGUGACCUUAACAUGCUCACCGUUCCGGGUUUGCCUCCUGCACAACUUUCUGGACAAUCCAGAGAUCAUUAACAACAUAGUGGACGAUAUGAACACAUUGGACUGGUCACGAAAAAAGAUGGACCUGUACGAGUUCCACCAGACGGCAGAUCUGGCGAGUCUUACAUGGCAAAGGAGUAUACGAGGGAUUUACGAGUUGCUCAAAACAGACGUUAUGAGUUGGGUGUCACAAGUGACCGGACUCGAGCUGACGUCGGUUUCCGCUUCCUGUUCCCUCUAUGGUCCCGGAGACCACCUGCUGGUGCACGACGACUUGCUCGGCGACCGACGUGUCGCGUUCAUAUUCUACUUGGCGCCGUGGAGGCCCACUGCUGCGUCAUACCAGCGGGUCGAGAAUGGCGCCUCAGGCGAUCAUGAUGUUAUACAGGUGGAUGGCGAGGAGUGCGGCUGGAGUCCUCACAUGGGCGGCGCGCUGGAGCUGCUCGCAAUGGACGACGACAGCCGGCCCACGGAUGUGGUGCAUAAGAUAUAUCCCAGGAAUAACAUGCUGGCCUUCUUCAAGGUCGGCACCGACUCCCACCAUCAGGUGGGCGAGGUGGUGUCGCUGGAGCUGCCGCGGCUGUCCAUCAACGGUUGGUUCCACGGCCCCGCGCCGGAGCCCGAGCCGUGCGCACGCGUCGUGACGCCGCCGCCGCCCACUCUCGCGCAGCGACCGCACUCUGAACCUGUGCUAAUGAACCAGUGGGUGGAUAACACGUACAUGUCGCCGCGGAGCCGCGCGCAGGUGCAGGCGCAGAUGGAGCGCGAGAGCGAGGUGUGCCUGCGCUCGCUGCUGCUGCCCGACAAGUACCAAGCGCUGCUCGACGCGUUGAAACAGCCUGAUAUACCCUGGGAACGCUGUGGCCCCGCCAACCAGCGGCGGUACUCGCGCGUCCCGUUCGACUGGGUGGAGUCCCUUGACAAGGAGCACCCGAUUCGUUCACUGCUCAAGCUAGUCUCCAGCGCAGUAUUCUUCCGCCUGCUGGUCGACUGCACUGACCUCACCCUCACAGGAUACGAGAAGCUGGAACUGCAGAGGUGGUCAGCGGGAGACUUUUCUUUACUUCCGCCCCGGGAGCAAUACCAAAGCGCUCGACUCGAGGCAGUGAUGUACCUGGGCGUGGGGACGCGACCCCUCUGCGGCGGCAGCACUUCUUACGUAGCCCCUGAGGAGGGCAGCAGCAGCGGGGAACACGAAGGUGCCCUGGUUACCCUCCCGCCCAUCGACAACGCCCUCAACCUAGUCUACUGUGACUCCGGCGCAGCCGCCUUCACCAAGUACCUCAGCAAGAUGACCAUGCAGCCCGACGACUGCUUCUACAUCCUGACGUGUACGUACACCGAGUGACAACGCCUGCGCACGCGCAAGCCACGUCGCUGCAAGCUACGCUGUUGACAUACGAACCGAAACGGUUUUCGCUCUCAAACGAAAUCUUGACAAAUACAGUGAAGGAUUUUUUUUUACCUUUCUGGAACGUCCAGUUUUUACUGGGUCCGUUAUAGGAUGACUAUUACUUUUAAAGAUAACAUAGAAAUAAAUUGUUUCAACAACUGUCCAGUAAAUGGUAUAUUGGUACUAAUACUUUUCACAGUAAUACAUAUGAAUCUUGUGUAAAUAAAAUGCCCGACUGUGAUUUCACAAAGACUUUUACAUAUAAGUAAUUAAUACUGAGCAGAAAUGAACGAAUCCAUUUCGGUAAAUCUUUCACUAUUAUUUUUGUUAUAUACAUAAAACAGUUGCCAGAAUUGUGCCCGUCUUCUUUGAAUUAUGAGGGUGAAAAUUGAGCUUUAUUUCAACCAGCAAAGACUGUUUUUGUUCCAUCGUCAGCAAUAAACGUGAGUUUGGAGUACUGGUGAAACAGAAUUAUACAAAGUGCAAAAGUGUAAUUGAGUGAAAGUAGCGCGCUAUUUUUACCGCGGUGUGUUGUGACUAUAAUAUAUUGUUGAUAAAUUGCAUUAAAACAGGGGUCUAGGUAAACUGGUGUUCUUGCUAGCGUGUAGUAUUUUCUUGGUGUUUGCGACAAAUGAGAUAUCACAGUUGACAUAAUUAUCGUUGAUUUCAAAAGGUAACGUAAAUGCUAUUUCCUCGUUUUCGAAAUAGAGAAGAGAUUGGGUAAAUUUACUUUGAACUUAUACAAGAUCUGCAUUAAUAUUAUUACAAAUCAUAAUUCAAAUAUUGUUAUGGGAAGACAUACUCGUUGUGUCUAUUUAUAUUUUAAAGUAUUGUUAUAUGUAUUUUAAAUCAAUUUUUAUUAUAAUUCCUAAUUUACAAAAACGGUUCACCAGUUUACCCGCCGGUUUAGUAAUGAAUUAGUGCGAUAGAAAACGGAUAGAUGGUGUUGUACACAAUUUUGUUUCCCGCUAAAAUUGUUUUUAGUUGAAAAAUGUGUUGAAAUGAACGAGUAAUAUUUUAAUGUAUGAUUUGUGUAAGAAUGUAAUUAUUUGACUAAAAGCAACGCAUACUUAUUUAAAAUUAAAAACUUAGUUUGGCUUCAACAAUUGAUUUUUCAGAAUUGCCUAUUAAUGUAUUGUAUGGAAUAAGUAUCUGGAAUACUUUUAUGUAUCAUUUAGACUGUUGGUGAACAAUUCAUGCACGAAUGUGAUUGAAUUAAAUAACAAAUAGAUCCAAAUAAGGUUACACACUCGUGUUCGUGACUACUCGUCGGUACUCGGCAGGUUUUUAAAUCAAAGGUUGCAGUAUCAUAGAGGUAACAGAGAACACGUACUACGAAGCAAAAGCUAAAAACACAGUGUAUGUGUACCUCUAGCACGGAUUAUCGCGUUAUCGUAUCUUUCUUGUACAUUUUUGGAUAAAAAUAAGAACAGCGCCCCGUGUGCGUAUUUGGAACUAAAAUACGGCAGUGUGAAUGUUUCGCUUGUACACCUCGUAUAGUAAAUCGUGUUAAAAUGGUACUUAGUAAUAAACUCGGAGUGUACGGAUCUCUUUUUGAUAUUUAGUAUUGUCAAACGAUUAGGGCCUUAUUAUAUACACGCUAUUUUGAUAGUGCGUUACAAGCACCUAACACACCGUCGCGUUUAAGGCAAUAGAAAUUGUCUGAAGAAUAUCAUUCCACACUAAUUUUACGAUGUUAACAUAACACAGCCGUGCUACGGGCUUUCUCUGUCUUAACGAAUAAGGCCCCUAUAGAGAAAUACUUAAACAUUAACUCACUGGAUACGGAAUUCCUGCUAGGGGUACCAGAGGUUAUUCUAUUUAUCGUCACUUGAAGAAAUCAAGUCCGCGACUCGGCAGCUGGAUGCGAACGUCUCAGUUAUGGGAAUCAUUUUCAGUUCGUUUCGUUAGAUGUCGCUACUUUGAUGGAUUGAAUGUUGUGGCCACAGUAAGGUUUAUGUCAAAGCCCAUGAUCGCAUAAGUAAAAAAGCUGCGAAACUAGGUGCAUGAUUAGUUUUAGGAAGGUACAUCUGCACCUGCGCACUAUACUACAUAUUAUAAUUAAGUUUUUUUCCAAUUUAAAUAGCGCGCGUUUUUAAAAUUCUUUAUCAUAAAAAAAAACUCUGUGGUCCAUACUUCUCAUUGUUGCAGAUUUCUUCAGUCAGUUAUAUUUUUUGUGAUUUAUUUCUGGGCAGGGGGUGCACGUGCGCCUACUUGCACCCCCCGGCGCCCAUGCUGUGAAAGAAAAUUGACAAUUAAAUAUCGAUUUAUUUCGAAAGGUGAAAUUUACAAUUUUUAUAUCCUAUGGUCUUUACACUAGGCAAGCCUGCAUCGUGAAGGUCUUGAAGAUAUUAAAUAUAACAAAAAAUAAAUCAAAAUCAAAUGAAAAACUAACAUGAAACAUCGAAAGCCUAACACAGCUAUUCAACUGUAUUGAUAGCGUGACUAUCUCCGCUACGUAUCGAUCAGUGCAAUAAUUAAUGCCAUUACACAUUACUGUGGCCCAUCGCUGUGGCCGUACCGAAUGCCAAGCAAUUAUAAAUACAAGGACUACCCUAUUUAUAUAAACACGAAUUUAUUAUUAUGAUUUCACAUGCGUUUUCUUUGGAAAACAACUUCUAUUAUCAUAGACAGUAAAAACGUGAGCACACGACCGCGUGGUGGGGGAGUUUUUGUACGAAAUGUAGCUACACCAACGUACCACGCGGUAAUGCUCAAGUUGUUUGCCGCCUUGUAUAUUUCGUAAUACGAAUUCCCGAUGUUGCUAUUAUUAAACAGGCAGACCUCAGCCAUGGCCGUAUUGUUCAGUUGUUUUUGACAACAGUGCAUAUAUUUUUGUACAGUACGUAUAGUGUGUUCACCAGUUUUCUGCUGAGAAUGUAAACAAUUAUACCUACUUAUCUAUACUAUUAUAUAAAGCCCGAAGAUUUUGUUUGUACGCGCUAAUCUCAGGAACUUUGGUUCAAAUUGAAUGUAUAUUUUAGUGUUGAAUAGCCUAAUUAUCGAGGAAGGCUAUAGGCUAUAUACUAUUGGCCAAUAGGCGCGGAGCAUCAAUGUAAAACGAUUCAAAAACGGGGAAAAUUAGUAUUAGUAUAUAUAAUAUAUUCUGUUCAGAAAGAGAACUGUCGUGGGAUUUGAGGUCGCUACUGUGCUUAAUUACCUCUUUUGUUUAGUUUCGAUAUGUUUCUAUACAAAAAUCCCUAAAAACAACACGCGAGAUCAUUUAUAACAAAGCAAUACGACAUGACAAUGAGUUUAACAUUUACCAAAUGGCGCGAACGGGUUGCUAUGUAAAAAUCGAAAGUGAGUUCACUUUUUCGCCACAACGGUUCUCUCUCUGAAAAGACUAUAUAAGUAAAUAUUUGUUUACAUUUCUGGCACAGGACAAGUGGCACUUGAGUAGUAUCACACGCUUUUGUAUCUGGACUUUUUACGAAUGA